AUGUCGUACGCUUUAUCCGAACAACACAAACACAUGGUAGAAGGCCUGUUGGCUGAAACUGACCCUGAGGUUGACAGCAUUAUCAAAGCCGAAAUUGACAGACAAAAGCACUCGAUCGUAUUGAUCGCCAGUGAAAACUUCACAACCAAAGCAGUUUUCGACGCUUUGGGAACCCCUAUGUGUAACAAGUACUCCGAGGGUUACCCAGGUGCCAGAUACUACGGUGGAAAUGAACAAAUUGACAAGAUGGAGAUUUUGUGUCAGGAGAGAGCUUUGAAGGCGUUCAACGUCACUGCCGACAAAUGGGGUGUGAACGUUCAAACUUUGUCCGGUUCACCUGCAAACUUGCAGGUCUAUCAGGCUAUCAUGAAGCCUCAUGAGAGAUUGAUGGGCUUGGACUUGCCUCACGGUGGACAUUUGUCUCACGGAUAUCAGACAGAUUCUAGAAAGAUUUCUGCUGUUUCGACGUAUUUUGAGACCAUGCCUUACAGAGUAGACUUGGAAACGGGUUUGAUUGAUUACGAUAUGUUGGAGAAAACCGCUGUCUUGUACAGACCCAAGGUUCUUGUGGCUGGUACUUCUGCUUACUGUCGUUUGAUUGACUACAAAAAGAUGCGUGAAAUCGCUGACAAGGUGGGCGCCUACUUGGUCGUCGACAUGGCCCAUAUUUCGGGACUUGUUGCGAGUGGUGUGAUUCCUUCUCCAUUUGAAUAUGCUGAUAUUGUCACAACUACCACUCACAAGUCAUUGAGGGGCCCAAGAGGUGCCAUGAUCUUCUUCAGAAGAGGCGUCAGAUCUAUCAACCCUAAGACAGGACAAGAGGUUUUGUAUGACUUGGAAAAUCCUAUCAACUUCUCUGUUUUCCCAGGUCACCAAGGUGGACCUCACAACCACACAAUUGCCGCCUUGGCUACCGCCUUGAAACAAGCCGCUACGCCCGAGUUUAAGCAAUACCAGGAACAAGUUUUGAAGAACGCUAAGAUUUUGGAGGCUGAGUUCAUUAAAAAGGGUUACCGUUUGGUAUCUGAUGGAACUGACUCCCACAUGGUUUUGGUCUCUUUGAAAGACAAACAAAUCGAUGGUGCAAGAGUGGAGACUAUUUGCGAGCGUAUCAACAUUGCAUUGAACAAAAACUCUAUUCCAGGUGACAAGUCAGCUUUGGUUCCUGGAGGUGUGAGAAUUGGCGCUCCCGCUAUGACGUCCAGAGGACUUGGUGAGGAACACUUUGAGAAGAUUGUCUCGUACAUCGAUUUUGCUGUGAACUACGCGAAGGAGGUGCAAGCCAACUUGCCUAAGGAUGCCAACAAAUUGAAAGACUUCAAAAACAAGAUUUUGAAUGGUGAGGACGAGAAGUUGGAUGCCGUUAAGGCUGAGAUCUCCGAAUGGGCCGGUGCUUUCCCAUUAUCUGUUUAG